CGGCGGUAGUCAUAGCAACCACUUAGCGGAAGAAACUUGUUUUUAGCAGGCAACUAGCUAACGAUUUUAUCCUAAUAAAAGUUCUUCGCUUGUGACAAAGCCUGAAUUUUAGCUGGUUGUCUGUGAAAUAUGGAUGCCACGACAAGGCCUUUGAGGAUUCCACCUGAGAUGACCAUCUAUGCCGAGAAGCAUGACAUUUUUGACAUGCUUCAGUGUAUGGUGAGACAACUGGUAAUCGAUAAGCCCGAAGACCCUAUCCAGUAUUUGAUUGGGAUGCUGAAGAAGGGAAACUUUGAAGUGCCUCGAGUGAUACUUCUUGGGCCGCCAGCAUCGGGCAAGAGGACCGUGGCCAAAGCGCUGUGCGAGCGCACCCAGGCGAUCCACAUCAUGGUGGAGCACAUCAUGAAGGAGGACCCGGACUUCAGUGGGGAGCCCCAGAGGUACCAGGAGAGGGGGGAGGCGAUCCCACAUGAUCUGUGGAUCCGAAUGAUACAGCAGAGGCUCUCCAGAAUUGACUGUGUGCGCAGGGGCUGGGUGCUGGAGGGCAUCCCGAGGACUAGAGAGGAGGCUCUGGGUCUUCAGGAGGCAGGCAUUGCUCCAGAGCACAUCGUGGUGCUGGAGGCUCCUGAUGAUGUGCUGAUUGAGAGGAGUUUGGGCAAGAGGAUCGACCCUGAGACAGGAGACGUGUACCACGUGGCCUUCAUGCGUCCUGAGGAUGAGACGGUGCGUAAGAGACUGCAGCCUCCUAAGGAGGCCCUGAGCGAGGAGCAGACGGCCCUGAGGCUGAAGCAGUACCACAGCCACGCCCACACCCUGCUCAGGACCUACGAGCGACACCUGCGCUACGUCAACGCCGACCAGCCACACGUGGACGUCUGCGCUCAAGUGCUGACCCACGUUCUGGCAAGGCAGAGGUCCAGUGCCCCGCACACCCCGCGCAUUCUCCUCUUUGGCCCGCCCGGCUCUGGAAAGAGUCUGCAGGCUCGACUGCUGGCCAAGAAGUACAACAUUGUGGACAUUUGCAGUGGGAAAUUGAUAAAAGCAGUUUAUGCAGAUGAGUCAUGCACAGGAGACCUAAUCAAACCGUACCUGGAGGCUGGGGAACCAGUGCCGGACAGCAUAGUUCUGCAGAUCGUGACAGCGCGUCUGAGCCGUUUGGACUGUACCACGCGUGGCUGGGUGGUGCACGGCUUCCCCCGCGACAUGGAGCAGGCCGAGAAGCUGCAGGAGACCAGUCACAUCCCCAGCAGGGUGUUCUUCCUGGAUAUGACGGAUGAGGUGGCUGUGGAGCGCCUGUCUCUGAGAGCAGUUGACCCCGUCACAGGAGAGAGGUACCACACUCUGUACCGGCCGCCCUCCUGCCCAGAGGUGCAGGCGCGCCUGGUCUUCAACCCGAAGGACCGUGAGAUCGAGGUGAUGCAGCGUCUGGAGGAGUACUGGGCCCACUUGCCCCUGCUGCAGGACUUCUACCCAGACGCCAUCCACAUCAACGCAGACCAGGACCCCCACGCCAUCUUCGAGUCUAUCGAGAGCCGCCUGGUCGGCCGUCUGCCCAAAACCCUUAUGAACAGCCAGCCUUGAGAGGGGGGAUGCGGAACGUCUACCGCCCAUAUGUUUGGACUUAAGGAGCCCCCACAACAGUGACACCAACAGUCAACACCACAACAACAACAA